AUGUCCUGGGUAAUAGAACAAAUUCAUCAAUGGGAAUUAGAAUUAAUCGGGAAAAUUAAAAAAAAAGCACAAGAAUAUAGAGUAAUUGUUGUUAAAUUAUCAGAAAUAUGUAUUAAUGAUAUUGAAAUGAAAUUUACAGAUUUAAAAGAACAAAUUAAUCAAAUUGGUGAAGAAAAAGAAUUUAAUGAUAUCGAUGUAAUUUAUUUAAGGAACCAAUUAUCAGAACUUAUAGAAGAAUCAAAGAAUCCAUCAGACAUGUGUAUUAAAAAAGAUUCACAAACAUUUGGCGAUAUUUCAAUUAUUGCAUCAAAUAAUUUUAUUGAAGUAUUUCAAUUCUUAUUAGAUUGA